GUUUAUCGUCCCCAUUUCCUGUGUCAUCUGCAAUGACAUCAUGGCGUACAUGUUUGGAUUCUUCUUCGGACGCACCCCACUGAUCAAGUUGUCCCCAAAGAAAACCUGGGAAGGAUUCAUUGGAGGAUUCUUUGCCACUGUUGUGUUUGGCCUUUUACUAUCAUACCUGAUGUCCGGAUACAGAUGUUUCACCUGCCCAGUCGAAUUCAACAACGACACCAACAGCUUCACUGUGGAUUGUGAGCCUUCGGAGCUUUUCCAGCUGCAAGAAUAUAACAUCCCACUGGUGCUCCAGUCCGUGAUCGGCUGGAAGAUGGUGAGGAUGUAUCCCUUCCAGAUCCACAGCAUUGCUCUCUCCACUUUUGCAUCCCUGAUUGGACCUUUUGGGGGUUUCUUCGCCAGUGGUUUCAAAAGAGCCUUCAAGAUCAAGGAUUUUGCCAACACCAUUCCCGGGCACGGGGGCAUCAUGGAUCGAUUUGACUGCCAGUACUUGAUGGCCACUUUUGUCAACGUGUAUAUCGCCAGCUUUAUCAGGGGCCCCAAUCCGAGCAAGCUCAUCCAGCAGCUCCUGACCCUGCGGCCCGAUCAGCAGCUGAACAUCUUCAACACGCUCAAGGCUCACCUAGCCGACAGGGGGGUGCUCCCCACUUCCGAGGACGCGUAGGCAGCUUGGCGAUCGGACUGUGACUGAACAAGCCCCCCUCCUCCCCCCCCCA